CUCAGCAAAGAUGAUGCUGUCGCCCUCAAUGAUACAGAUGAAGGGUGGGUACAUCGCCCAAAACGUUGUUACUCUUACACUAUCAGGAUCCUAUCUUACUCAAACUCAGCGGUGACCAGCGUUGUGCAAGGGAUGGCUAUCGCCCUCACAAUUUUUCGUGUCUUAUUCCGACUACACAUAAGGAGAUUCUGGUGGGAAGACGCGUGGGCUGCUGUUGCUGGAUUGUGUGGAAUGGCGCAUCUGAUUAAUUCUUGGAUUCAUCUGCUCUGCCAAGGAACCACGUGCGUGGUUUCUUUUUGGGCGACGACGUUCAUGUCCACCUGUGUUAAUUGGUCUGCACGCAUGAGCAUACUGUUUGCCAUCGCACGGAUCGCGCGGCACACACGGCGCCUUUUCUAUUUGUCCAUGGGUUUCGCGACUCUCUUCUCCCUGACAUGUGCAGGUUUUAUCGUGGAAAAGGCGCGGAGUUUCGAAUCGAGCAGUAAGUGGUACCAUCUUCCUUGUCCUUCCUGCCGCGUCGGCCACUCGAUGGCAGCGUACCAGCUCGCAGCCAAGUGUAUCGCCGACACUAUUCUGGUGGUCUUUUCCUUCCGAUUGCUCUGGAACGUCAACCUGCCCUCUCGACAGCGGCGAAUGAUUCUCGCGAUAUUUUCAUCUAGCAUUAUCAUGUCGAUGUUCUCCCUGUUCCAUGCUAUCGCCCACUUUCUAGUCUCUACAUGGGUAGAGACAGUUGCAGUGAAUUUAGAGGUAUUGUCUUCCCUGAUAAUCUGCAACCUGCUGGUGGUUGUGACCUAUGUAUACCGGGUGCUUAAACGCGAACCUGACGAUCCGGAAGAUGACGACUAUAGCAGUCCAAUUCCAUCUGUCUCCACAUCCCAACGGCUCACCACUAUUGCCCUCGACUUAGUCACUGAGACUUCCGCUUCUUUCCGCCCCCUCAAUUCACCAGCAACCUUCGUCCCGAAUCGCAAAGAGGAUACGAGAUCUGUUUGAUCUAAAAAGUAUCAAUUAUCAUAAUGUACGAUCACAUGUACCGGAACCCCGAAACGACUGUCUUCCUUCUUCGAGAUCUGACUGCAGCUACAGUUCAAAGCGAGACAGGUCACAGCCUUCCUCGCGGAUCUUCAUAUAUUGGGUUAAUAUUUCCAUGAAUCGGUUUUUCCUGCGCGCCUUGUCUGGAUGCUCAAUUCAUGAUGCCAGUGAGAUAUUGAACACCAUACUAGGGCCCCUGUGACCUCU